AUGAAGGUUCAAUUGCUAUUCACUUUCUUGGUUGUGUUAUUUGCAACCAUCGCCUCAGCCAAACCACUGAAAGCUAGAGGUUUAGCAGGAGAUCUGGUCAAGACUGUCAAGAAUUUACUUCAUCACGGUAUUGGUACCUUUUUCGAUCCCGAGUCAGAAGGAGGUUCUCAAGGUGCCUGUGGUCCAUAUGCAGACGAAAACUCGCAAAUCGUUGCCAUGAACGCUCAUCAAUACGGCAACUUGAACAAGAAGAGUCAUUGGUGUGGAAAGAAGCUCAAGAUUUGUCACAAGACAAAGUGCACCAUUGCCACAGUGACUGAUGCUUGUCCUGGAUGUGAUAAUGGAUGUUUGGACCUUACUCCCGCUGUUUGGGGUCAGCUCGAGAGCGAUUACAACAAGGGUGUUAUUCCAAUUGAUUGGGAUGAAUGGAAUGGUGAUGAUGAGGAUGAAGAUGACGAACGUACCUAA